CUUGUCGUCUUCCACCAAAAACUUCGUGCCACCCCAUCAAAAGUAGUGCUGCCAUUCGUCUGGACAUAAAAUGCGACCUAUUUUGCUUCAAGGGCACGAGCGAUCGCUCACCCAAAUCAAGUUUAACCUCGAAGGAGACCUGCUGUUCUCUUGCUCAAAGGACCUUGUCAUCAAUGUCUGGUUUUCGCAUAACGGAGAACGUUUGGGGACGUACGAAGGGCACAACGGGACGGUAUGGACGAUCGACGUCGACUCACAAUCAAGAUUCCUCGUCUCUGGCUCGGCCGAUAACGAGAUGCGGUUAUGGUCUGUGCAGACCGGCAAGUGUUUGUACGUUUGGGAGUUUCCAACGGCCGUGAAGCGUGUGGCGUUCAACGAGGACGAUGAUCAGAUAGUCUGCAUCACCGAACAGCGUAUGGGUUAUCAGUCCACGGUUCGUGUCUUCGAUAUUAACCGCGAGGGUGAUGGGACGAACCAGAACCCUGAGCCUGUAUCUAUGUUCCAUCCUGUCGGCUCAAAAGCAACCGUCUGCGCAUUCUCUUACAUCCCUAACAUGAUUCUCACCGGCCACGAAUCUGGAAAGGUUGCCAUGUUCGAUAGCAAAUCUGGCGAGGAGGUUCUGAACAAUGAGCGAGCGCAUAUGGAUUCUGUGACGGACAUGCAACUCAGCGCAGACCGCACAUACUUCGUCACAAGCAGCAAAGACAAAACUGCUCGGAUACAUGAUUCCAAAACCUUGACUGUCCUGAAGACCUUCAGCACGGAGACACCUCUGAACAGUGCUAGCUUGGCGCCCACCAUGCCUUACGUACUGCUCGGUGGCGGUCAAGAGGCUAUGAACGUCACCACUACUUCGACGCGGCAAGGAAAAUUCGAAACUCGCUUCUGGCACAAGAUAUUCGAGGAGGAAGUUGGCCGCGUGAAGGGACACUUCGGUCCUAUCAACACCAUCGCUGUGCACCCGCAAGGAACAUCGUACGCAUCUGGUGGUGAGGAUGGUUUCGUCCGUGUGCACCAUUACGACGAGAGCUACUUCAGGGCAAAACCAUAUGGUGAUAUGGACAUCAAAAACUGAGGAACGCUCGGAUGUCUGGAUUCUUUGUUGUUGUGUUCUUGUACUGCUGGUGUACGGUUAGCUUUUCUUAUUUCACUUACGUGCAUUGAUUCUAAGGGCCAGUCGGCGCGUGUGGCGCUUGGCGGUGUAUGUGGCCCAACACAUAUAGUUCACGUUCUCUGCACGGGCUCCUUAGUGUACCAGGUCAUAACCAUUCUCGCCCCGCCUCUACGGCGAAUAGUCCUACAUAUAUCGUACAGAAACUCGCUUUCCCGUCCACCUUCAAACC